GGGGCCCUCUAGUCCCAACCUCUAGGCUUCUUGGAUAUGGGGAAUGGGCAUCCUGUGAAGGCUAAGAAGUGGGGAGUUGUAACCUCAACCACCAGAACCCGAGGUACAAAAGUCCAGAAAGACUUUGAGGUGGAACAACCCUGGGGCCCACUGACAGUGAUUCAAGGAAGUUCAGCAAUAUUGCCCUGUGUGCUGAUCAAUGAUGUGUUUGAUGGGCAUACCAAGUGGUUCAAGGGAAAAGGAAUGGGCCAGUGGCUCAUAUACAGUGAAAAAGACCACACCUCUGCCAGAGCACAGAGAGUGAACCACUCACGAUGA